GGAUUGCGACGCGUCUGAAAAGGGUGAUUGGGUACGAGAGCGCCCAACUCUCCCAAGACUGCCCUCGUUAUAAGUCUUGAUCGAGAGCACGCAGAAAGGUAUUCAGCGUCGUCGUCUGAUCUGCGGUGGAGGUAGUGGACAAUGUCCACCGAUAACGAUCGGCCAGGCGGCCAAGCUUCGCCCUCCACUACAAUCCUCCCCUUGUCCACUUCGCGGCCUACAACUUGUCGCCGGCCACAGGCAGAUCCUUUGCGCGUUAUACCGAUAAGAACACAUCCAACACCAGAAAGAUAAACUGCAAUCUUGAAUUCACUGUUCACAAUCACUUCCUUCCGACCCUUCCGACCCACCAUGCCCGAAGCUAUAGCACAGAAAGGACUCAGAAUAUCCAUUGACCGCGGUGGUACUUUCACCGACUGCGUCUGCAAGGUGCCUGGCCGCGAGGAUAUUGUAGUCAAGAUCUUGUCCGUAGAUCCGUCCAAUUACAAUGAUGCACCCACCGAAGCAAUUCGAAGAGUGCUAGAGCUACACUCGGGCAUCAAGAUCCCCAGAGGAUGUCCCAUGGAUUUGAGCUCGAUAGAAUGGAUCAGAAUGGGAACGACAGUCGCUACGAAUGCUUUGCUAGAGCGGAAAGGCGAGCCGACAGCACUUCUCAUCACUAAGGGAUUCAAAGAUCUCUUAACCAUCGGCAAUCAGUCAAGACCGGCUAUGUUCAAUCUGGCCAUAGACCGUCCCAGCGCCUUAUUCACUUGUGUUGAAGAAAUCUCGGAGCGUGUUGUCCUAGAUUCUUGUCCUGAAUCUCACCUUCGAGGCCGGAGACUCAGCUUUCCCGAAGCGAUUGAAUCAGUACGAACCGAUUCUGGAGAGACUGUAGACGUAAUCCUACCCUUGGAUGUCGAAGAGGUGGAGAAGAGUUUGAACAAGAUUCGUGCUUCUGGUAUCACAUCGUUGGCGGUCUGCCUCAUGCACUCCUACAUCUUCCCGAAUCACGAACGCCAGAUUGAGGAGAUCGCAAAGCGUCUUGGAUUUGAGAGAAUCCGGCUCUCGAGCUCCAUCUCACCCAGAUCAAAGAUUGUCCCCAGAGGAAACUCGACGGUCAUCGACGCUUAUCUCACACCAGUCAUUAACCGGUACCUUUCGCAAUUCUCUGACAAUUUUCCUGAUCUCGAUUCAAGCGGCACACGUCUUGAUUUCAUGCAGUCUGACGGCGGCCUUGUUCCAAGUACGAAGCUCUCUGGCCUCAAGGCAAUUCUCUCUGGUCCUGCUGGCGGCGUCGUCGGAUACGCAAAGACCUGCUUUGACAAAGAUGAAGGAUCUGCAGUUGUUGGGUUUGACAUGGGUGGCACCUCUACAGAUGUCAGCAGAUAUUCUGGACAUUUCGAGCAUCUGUUUGAGUCUAAUACCGCAGGUAUUCUAGUCCAAGCGCCCCAGCUCGAUAUCAACACUAUAGCAGCUGGAGGCGGCAGUAUCCUUGGCUGGAGGGAUGGGUUGUUCACAGUUGGACCUGAAAGCGCUUCUUCACAUCCAGGACCGGCUUGUUACCGAAAAGGUGGCCCUUUGACAGUCACUGAUGCGAAUCUGGCUCUCGGAAGAUUGAUACCAGAUCAAUUUCCGUCCAUCUUUGGCCCUGACGAGAAUCAGCUACUCGAUUCACAAAUUGUUCGGGAUAUGUUCAUCGAGCUGAGUGAAAAGAUCAAUCAGGAGUCCGGACAGUCAUUGUCAUGGCGAGAAAUCGCAGCUGGCUUCAUCGAGGUAGCCAACAACGCCAUGUCUGGCCCCAUCCGCUCUUUAACAGAGGCCAGAGGUCACGAUACCAGCUCCCACAAUCUAGCAUCAUUUGGUGGCGCUGGCGGUCAGCACGCAUGCGAGAUCGCCACGAUUCUCGGCAUCAAGCGAGUGCUGAUUCACAAGUACUCUUCGGUACUAUCGGCUUACGGCAUCGGACUUGCAGAUAUCGUAGAGGAUCGAGAAGAAGCUUACCUGAAGCGAUACGACUUGAAAGCACUUGACUCGCUCGAUGAAGACCUUAGCAAUCUCACCAGAAAGGCCGAACAAGAUUUGGUCUCGGAUGGGUUCUUCGGACCAAUCGAAUCUACCAGCUACCUAAGCAUGCGCUAUGACGGCAGCGAUACUGCCAUUGUCAUCCCAGUCACGCCUGAGAAAGAUACGUUAAAGUCAUUUGUCGAAUCACACAAGCAAGAGUUUGGUUAUACACCAGAUCGCGAUGUAUACGUCGAUCAAAUCCGAGUCCGGUCGGUGGGCAAAGGACAAGACGAACAUGGCCAGUCUUGGAAUGAAGAGCUGGCAUCGUAUCACAAGCUCGAGCGUGUCUCUGAGCCAUUCCUCUUGAGAUCUGUGUUCUUCAAAUCGUUUGGCUACAUCAAAACUCCCAUUUACAAGCUCGACGAACUCUCUACCGGAUCACGAGUGCAAGGUCCAUGCUUGAUCGUUGAUGAGACUCAGACCAUCGUCAUUACCCCUGCGGCCACGGCCACGGUCCUCAGCAACAUCAUUGUGAUUGAUCUUCCCUCUGCUGGUCGCCAGGAGAUCAGUAGCUCAGUCAUUAACCCUGUGCAACUAUCCGUCUUCAAACACCGCUUCUUCGGGGUUGCCGAACAGAUGGGUCGAACUCUGCAGAAGGUCAGUAUCAGUGCCAAUAUCAAGGAGAGGUUGGACUUUAGCUGCGCAAUCUUUACACCCGAAGGUGACCUCGUUGCGAACGCGCCUCAUGUUCCCGCGAUGAUUGGCAGCAUGGCCUUUGCUGUCAAAUCACAAGUGAAGCAUUGGUCUGGCAGACUCAAAGAUGGCGAUGUGAUACUGUCGAACUCUCCUGUAUUCGGUGGCGUGCAUCUUCCAGAUCUGACCGUCAUCACUCCUGUCUUUGAUGCGGAGGGCCGUGAUAUCAUCUUCUGGGCUGCAUCUCGAGGGCAUCAUGCUGAUGUCGGUGGGAUAGCACCAGGAUCAAUGCCACCCAACUCGACGGAACUAUGGGAAGAAGGCGCCGUUUUCUCUUCCUUCAAACUCAUUAGCGAGGGAAGAAUGGACGAAGAAGGUGUUCACAAGAUCUUACUGGAAGAGCCUGCCAAACAUCCCGGCUGCAGCGGAAGUCGUUGCUACAAGGAUAAUGUCGCAGAUCUGAAAGCUCAAGUUGCCGCCAAUCACUGCGGAAUUCGACUGAUACGACAAAUGAUCGCUGAGUAUACUAUGGACGUCGUUCAUGUAUACAUGGGAGCUAUACAGGAUGCCGCGGAGCUAGCAAUCCGAAACCUGUUUAGGAAGAUAGCGCAAGGUAACAAGUUCCGAACUGUAUCUGCCACUGAUUACAUGGAUGAUGGUACCGCUGUCGUCUUGAACGUGCGCAUCAACGGGGAAACUGGUUCUGCCUCUUUUGACUUUACCGGUACGGGACCGGAGGUGCUUGGUAAUUGGAACGCACCCCUGGCGAUCACCACCUCUGCCAUCAUUUAUGCUUUGAGAUGUAUGGUCAGCUCUGACAUUCCUCUAAACCAUGGAUGCAUCAAGCCCGUCGACAUUGUUAUACCAGACGGUUGUUUCCUACACCCAUCUGCUGGAGCCGCUGUAUGUGCGGGAAAUGUGCUCACAUCUCAGAGAAUCGUGGACGUUAUCUUCAGAGCUUUCGAGACCUGCGCCGCGAGCCAGGGCUGCAUGAACAACUUCACUUUCGGCGUUGACGGUGAAGGAGGUUUCGGAUACUAUGAGACUAUCUGCGGUGGAAGCGGCGCCGGACCAACCUGGCAUGGCACAAGCGGCGUACACACCAAUAUGACCAACACGCGCAUCACGGACCCGGAAUCUUUGGAACGCCGCUACCCCGUGGUACUGCGCCAGUUUGCGAUACGCCCAAACAGUGGAGGUCGUGGUGAAUUGUGCGGAGGAGACGGUGUGGUCCGUGAUGUCGAAUUUCGUAUCCCGAUGACAGCCUCCAUACUGUCAGAAAGGCGAGCCUUCCAACCCUAUGGUCUCAAGGGCGGAGAGGGAGGUAGUCGGGGGCUCAAUGUCUGGAUCCGUGCCGACGGCAGACAGAUUAAUGUUGGAGGCAAGGGCUCGGUCAAAGCCAGCCCAGGCGAUCGAUUUUUGAUUCAUACCCCUGGAGGUGGUGGCUAUGGGUCAAGCCAAGGUGCCUCAGUCCUACCCCAAUCUCUCCGAGUCUUGCAAAACAUCGUGCCAGUCGCUGGAGGUAGUGUUCAAUUAGCCAAGACGCUCGGAGAGCAGAAUUAGAGCAGCAUACAACAGAAUCCGUGACCGGAGUAUCCAAUUCGUAGUGUGUGC